AGAGUGCAUGCACACACUUUUCUGUGAGCACCUUUCUUCAUUAGAACUGGAAUAUUUCAAACUGGGAUAUAUUUAAUAUUUUUGAAGAUUUGAUUUGGAUUUUAUUAGUCUGCAAGUAUGACAAUCCGAACAGCCCGUCCUGACCGGGUGCAACAUUUCCCUCCCCGUAUGCACUGCCUCAAAAAGCUGGAGGCCAUAGUGGUGGAGAUGCAGGACCUGAAAAAUGGAGUGAAAGGGUCGGAGCAGAAACUCAAUGUCACUACCAUCCCACAUGUCAUCGCUGGUAAGGACAUCAUCGCAUGGAUUGCCAACAAGAUGAAGACUCCAACUGAAGAGGCUCAUGUCUUUUGCACCAUGUUAGUGGCCUAUGGCUACAUCUAUCCCUUGCAGAACCACAAGAAGCUGGUCAUGUGCAAUGAUACCAGCCUCUACCGCUUCCAGACACCAUACUUCUGGCCUACACAGAAAUGGGUUGCAGAAGACUCUGACUAUGCCAUUUACCUGGCAAAGAGGAACAUCCGCAAGAAAGGCAUGCUCGAGCCCUAUGAACAGGCACAUUACAACCACCUCCAUAAAUGGCUGAACCACAAAUGGGACUUCAUUGUGAUGCAGGCCACUGAACAAUACAAGGCUGGUAAGGAGAGGAAGAAGCCGGAUCGUGUGGUGUUCGACUGCCAGGAGAGGGCUUACUGGAUAUUGAACAGGCCUCCGCGUCGUACUCACAGUGCUAUUGACUGCAGUCCAGAACAUCUUUUUGAUCCCAACACAGAUGAGAAAAUCAGCUUUGACCAGUACAGACGCAUGAACAUCUUCUAUCAACAAGCCAUCAUGAGGUCAAAGGUCAAAUCUAGUGUUUCCCUCGGAGCACUUGUCAAGUACAUCACAACGUACAAGACCCAUGACCCAUUUCUGGCUCCAUGUCUACCCAGCAACCCCUGGCAAACAGACAAUGACUCGUACUGGAAUCUCAACACGAGGAGAGUUGAAAUACCCACUAAGAUGAGAGUGGAGCGCUGGUCAUUCAGCUUGUUCGAGCUGCUGACGGAUCUGCGAGGCCGAGACGACUUCAAGGUCUUCCUCAAGAAGGAGUUCAGUGGGGAGAACUUGGCUUUUUGGGAAGCAGCUGAAGUAUUGAAGUGGGGCACUGCAUCCUCCAUGCCAUCAAAAGCUGAGACCAUCUUUAAAACCUUCCUGGCCCCUGGUGCUCCCCGUUGGAUCAACAUUGAUGGCAGGACAAUGGGUCUGACAGUGAAAGGCCUGGACCAUCCUCACCGCUACGUGCUGGAAGCAGCGCAGACACACGUCUUCCUACUCAUGAAAAAGGAUACUUUCUUCCGUUACCUCAAGUCACCCGUGUACAAAGACAUGCAGAAGAAAGCACUGAACCCUGAGGCUCAUAACUUCAGUCCGGCCCAGCUGGAGCAAAACGCUCAGAACCGGAGCCUCGGCAUCCAUCCCAUCAUCCUCUGGAAGCAGGAGGAGGAGGAGAAUGCUAAGGCGGCUGCUGCCUCCGCUCCUAUCGAUGUCAAGGCCAUGAUGAGCAAAAUAGACAGGAAGUAGAGCCAUGCACCGAAGAUUUACAUGACAUGUGACAUACAGUAACCCAUAGGUACCAGCCAUGUGAUGCUUUGUUUUAGAAAGUCAUGAAAUGUGAGGAAUUGAGUUUACACGGAUACAGUUUGAAGAAAUUCAUACAUUUGAAUGAAAAGCAAUUGCAGAGUUAGGUUGUCAAUAUGCAGGGAAUGUUCAGUACAGCUCACCACAAAACCUGGCCUGUUCUCUCAGCAUGUGAUAGAAUAUGACUGUGUGUUAAGUCACACUAAUGACACAAUUUGUAUCUAAUCAAAUAUACUAAAUAUUUAAAUAUACAGUACAUAAAAAUGAAACCUUUAUUAUUAUCAAUACAAUAGAUGCUGAAGCCAAAUCUAUUGUUAAAUGUCUGAAGAUUGACUAGAGCCAAUGAACUUGCUUUUUCUUUUUGUUGUAGAUAGUCGUGUUUUCCAUGCAUAGUGCUCCAUACAAGUAAGAGAGUAAAGUAACAGUCAUGACACAGAUAUUGUAGCUUCCUUUGCUGCAAUAUAAAAACAAAAUAGAUGAUAAAUGUAAGGCUGAUUUGAUGAAACUGUCUCUACUGUCGGCUGCAAACUAUUCAAUCAUUCAUUCAUUCACUUCCAUAUGGAUAAUUCUACCAUUUCUACAUCUGGUUACUUGCCUGAAAUUAAUGAUGAGAUCAAGUUAAUGCGGAGUUCAGUGUGUAUGUGUGUUUGUUCAAUUAAAGCUAAA